GAUUAUUUUAAUAUCGAUAUACCGAUAACUUUGCACGUUAUCAGUUAUUACAAAAUAACAUAAAAUAAGAAGUAUGAAUUAAUAUUGUAAAUAUAGGCCAAGAUGUUGCGGUCCAGACAUAUAGUGCGCCUCCUGCAGCGCCGUAGUUACUCGGCUGGAGCGCCAAGCAAUGGAAGUGGAUCACCCGGAGGAAAUAAAUCCGGCGAGGAUGAUCUGCAUCCGAUAAGAAGAACCCUUCGCCUUCUUGGUAACGAUAUGCGCAAAGUUAAGGAAUUCUUUGUGCCCAAGGACACUGAGAUCGAAGAAAAUCGCAUCCCAACCCAAAGUAAGUUCCAUUUCGCCGGUGAGUCAAGGGAAUCCUCGCUGCCGGAUGACUUUCAGACACACUGUGAUGUGCUUAUCGUUGGCGGUGGUGGAGUGGGCAGCUCCAUUGCCUACUGGCUCAAAGAAAAGGCACGGGACGGUCUUAAUGUGGUGGUUGUCGAGAAUGAUGACACGUACGCUGAUUCCGCCACUCGAGUUUCUGUUGGUGGUCUUUGCCAGCAAUUUUCCCUGCCCGAAAACAUCCAGAUGUCUCUCUUCGCUGCUGACUUUCUGCGUGGCGCUAGAGAACACUUUGGUCAGGACGUACCCAUCCAAUUUACUCCGCAUGGUCAUUUGAUGCUCGCUGGCGAAGAACAUGCCGAAAGCCUUAUGCGGUCCUCCCAGUUACAAAACGAACUGGGUGCCCAGAAUGAACUUCUAACGGCGGAUCGACUUGCGGUCCGUUUUCCUUGGCUGAACACCAAAGGUAUCGUUGUGGGCUGUCAUGGAUUGGAGAAGGAAGGCUGGUUCAAUCCUCUGGCCCUGCUCAGCAAUUUGCGGCGCUCUGCCAGCAGUUAUGGCGGCCACUUCCUCAAUGGUCAGGUUGUGGACUUUGAAUUUAAAUCCCAAACUGACAUAUCUGUAGUUGGAGACGCCGGAUCCAACGAAGGCAAUUACACGGGCCUGGACAAGGCGGUAAUCAAACUGCCUGAUGGCACCAGCCGCACUUGCAAAUUUGCCUUAUGUGUGAUUGCAGCCGGUGCUAGUUCCGGACAAGUGGCCCGACUGGCGAAGAUAGGUGUGGGUCCGGGUAUGCUACAGGUUCCCCUGCCUAUCGAUGCUCGCAAGCGGUACAUGUAUGCCGUCAACUCGCAGGCGCAAAGUGCACCCGGAAUGACAAUGCCUAUGACACUUGAUCCCUCGGGCAUCUUUAUUCGCAGAGAUGGCCUGGGCGGCAACUACAUAUGCGGUCAAGACUCGACGGAGGACAAUAAUGACCUAACGGUGGAUUUACAAUAUUUUGAUCAGCACAUCAGACCUAAGCUAGCGGAACGGAUUCCAGCUCUUGGAGAAGCUCAAGUGGUGGAUAGUUGGUCAGGGAGUUACGAUCAGAAUGUAUACGACGAGAACGGUAUUUUGGGAGCUCAUCCGUACUAUCACAAUCUGUAUUUGGCCACUGGUUUUAGUGGGCAUGGAAUCCAGCAAUCUCUGGCCGUGGGGAGAGCCAUAUCGGAGCUGAUCAUGGACGGUCAAUUCCGAACUAUUGACCUCUCCCGUCUGAGCUUUGACCGGCUUAUUGUGGACCAACCCAUGUACGAGUUAAAUAAUGUUUUAAGCUAGUAUUGUUGAUGGUGCAUUAUAAAUGAAAUGCAACUGUUUAA